GUCCUGGUGUAAGUAUAAGAACCCCUCCGUUCUCCCGUCUUCAGCCUGCUUCCUUAUCAAUUUCUCACAUCAAAAUCACGUAUACUCUCCACGUCAGAAUCACGCGUACCUCCACAUCAAAAUGCGUCUCUCCCACCUCGUCCACCUCGCUCUCACGGCCGUCAUUGCAGCUAGCCCAGCCGUCGCGCGUCCUCCCUGGGAUGAAAGAGGCCCAGAUCUCAAUAGGGUCCAUUUUUGCGUUAGGUACUGCAUGGAUCAUACAGCAGAUACCUACAGAAUUAGGAGUAAAACAAGAAAUCAGUUCUGCUGGAAGGACACUGAGGAAGUUCGCGAUUGGAUGAGGAACGAGCUCGGCGCGUGUGCUGAAACUGAAUGCGCACCGGAAGAUAGAAAAGAAGCAAAAGCUUCUUGGUGGAAGUUCAUCAAGGACUACUGCGGGCAAACCGUAUAG